ACCAAGGCAAAUAGAGAAACUAAACCCUAAUUUUUGGAAAGAUGAUGAGCGAUGAAUUGGUUGGGGAGAAGAUACUGACGAGUACAUCACCGAAGGCGGUUGGAUCUACGGAUGCGGGUAAAGAAGCAGAAGCAGAAGCAGCACCACCAGCGCAGCCGCCGCAACUGUUUCUGACGAUGAAUGGCGAGAUCUACUCUCUGGAGAGGUUCCAAGAAGAUUUUGUUCAUGUGUCGGUAAACAAGGUAGAUUUCCUCAAUGACUUGGACGUAUCCAAGUUAUAUCACUGCGAUGGGCUGGUGUUAUGCGUGGCUACGGACAAGAAGAAGGACAAGGACAAGAAGGAGGAACCGAAGCUGGUGUUGUGGAACCCUUAUCUGUGUCAAACAAGGUGGAUCGAACCGAGAGAAGAGUUCAACAGAAAUAACAGGUUCGCGAUCGGAUACUCCUCCUCCGACGACGGCUCAGACUCGCAGCGCAACCACAAAAUCCUGAGGUUUGGACCAGGAGACGAACCCGACAAGAUGGGGUUCGAAAUCUAUGACAUUAAGUGUAAUACAUGGAGGGUCCUCGAGGUGGUGAUUAAUAAUCCCGUGUGGUGGAUAGGUUAUAAUCAGGGAGGCGUGUCUGUCAAGGGAAACGCCUACUUUCUUGCUCAUCAUUUAAUAGAUGGUCUAUAUGGUUACCAAAGAGACGAAAUUUUCUUACUCUCUUUCGAUUUUACCCAAGAGACGUUUGGACCACGCCUCUCUCUUCCUUUUCAUGACUCUUUCGAUGGUUUCAGUGGUGACUGUAUGUUCCUCUCAAACUUCCUUAGAAGAGGUGAUGAUGAGCAGCUUGCGGUUCUCUUUGGUGGUUAUGAAUCUGGCUUUUUUGAGAUUUGGGUUACCCUUACUGUCGACCCCAACCGUGCGUCCUGGAGCAAGUUUUUGCGAAUGGAUCCGGGGCCCUUCUCUACCUACGGUUUUCAGCUCUGUACCCCACUUUCUGGUGGGAGCUUCUUUGUUGAUGAGGACAACAAAGUUGCUGUCUUGUUUGAACUGUUUAACCACAAGCCUGUUCACAAGGCUUUUGUGUUUGGACAAGACUGCCGCCGCUUCAAAUCAUCCGUCGACCUCGGAGAAGCUCUCAUACUCGAAAACCGUUGCCCCUUCACCAACCGCGUCAGUAUGGCUGCUCGUCCCCCACUUGUUUGCUCUUCCCCUUAUCGUCCAAGCUUAGUGCAAGUCAUCCAACCUCCUCUUGUCCACAAACGGAAACGGAAACGCAUGUCUCCAUCUGAUCAGAGAAAGAGAAUUGUGUGAAACACUCUUUGCUUUUGUUAUAUGUCUUUUUAUCUUUUCUGUCUCAAGACUGUUUUAUCGAGCUCUUCGUUAGUCAGACUUGUUUCUAAGAAUAUUAUUAUUUUCAAGCUCUUGUGUUUUU